GCAUAUUGCACACUGCACAAUUUCAUCGAUUUACAUUAUACACAGAAAAACACAACAUCAUCAUUACUAUCAUCAUUAUCAUUAUUAGAUUCAUUUCAAACAAAUUCAAUAGGAUUAAUCUGAUGUUUCUCCUUGUUGUCAUUUUGUUUGUUCUUUUCGAAGGGAUCAAUGGAGGUGGAAAAGCGCCAAUGCUCAUUAGUAUACCUAGAGAGUUUUUCCCAAAAGAAACUGUAACAGAGGUGGAACCAACUUGGGAAAUUACAACAACCACAACAGAACCUACGACUGAAGAUAGUGAAGAAUCAUCGUCAAUAUAUCAAAUUCUACUAAAUUUACUUCACAAAUUAUGGGCAAUGGUGAAAUAUUUACUUGACUUUCUAUAAAGAAGAUGAAACCAUGGAAUGAAUUACUUCGAGACUCCUUAUUAUUAACGUAGUAUCUUUAUAAUGAUGUAAAGAUUGUUAAACAAACACUACUUAAUUCUAAUUCAAAUUGAUUUUAACUUGAUAAACUUGUCUUCAUUGUAAUUAAUUGAAUAGAUUUCUCAAUAAUUAUUAUCAUAUUUCAUUGUAAACAUGACAAUGUUGACUGAUUGGGUUACUGAUGAAGUUCUGACUUGAUUAGUACGAAACAUAAUAUAGAUAACAGCUGAAUAUGAUACCAUUCUAUGAUCAUAGUAAAUAUCACAAUACUUACUUACUUGCUUACUCCUGUUACCUCAAUGGAGCAUAGACCACCAGUUAGCAUUCUCUAACCCACUCUGUCC